UCUUCUUCUUCUUCUUCUUUUUCCUUUUCAUCGUUAACCUCUUCUUUUCCUUUCUUUUUUUUUUUUUCUCCCGUUUCCAUCUAUCAUUCUCGAGACUAACAUUGUGCAUCGGCAUCGUUCGCCAACGUUCCCCUCGUCAUCGUGAUCGUGAUCGUUGAUCUUAUCGUUGGGAGGAUUGUUCGGGAAGAAUAGAAUAGACGCACCUGUUGUUCCGUGGGCCGAUUCGAGGGAGAUUCGGCUCUCCCCCUUGGAGAUUUGAUCUUCGAAACGGAGUUGCGAAGAUAUUCCAAAGGCAAAGAAGAAGUAGAAUCUUGGUAACGUUUUGUUAUGAAUUUUGGAAGAGGGUUGAGAAUUUGAGAUCGUUAUUGUUGAGAUGAAUUUAGAAGAAACGAUCCUGCUAAUGAUAUGUAAUAUGAUGGAAAAUAAUGGAAAAUGUAAUAGAAAAGCGUUUCGUUUGUAGAAAUGGCGACCUUUGGUAUUCCUCCUCGUCGUACCUGUACCCGAGCCAAGGAUUCUCUCGGAGUAAUUAACGAGAUCGUUGCACAAUUGUGAAUUAUUAUUAUUGCGCGAAACGAACGAGCAAUAAUCGCAAUUAUCUCGUUCAUUUGGAAGGAGAUGAGAUACUCCUCGAGCGAUUAAUUUCUUAUAGGUUCUGCGUCCCGAUUUUGGUUUCGUCGAAGCUGCUUGUAAGCGCGCCAAGCGGUUCGAUUAAAUAAUUAGAAAUACUCGAUUGCACAAUUCAAAUCGAUCGAUUUAAAAAUAUACUGCCCGUUCCACGAUAGCAUAAAUCGCCAAUUCGUUCGAUCAUCACAAUUUUCAUAGCGUUGUUGCAUAUAAUGCGAUUGAUUUACAGCCGUUCCAAACUGUUCGCACUCUUCGUAAAUAAAAUUGUUUUGCAACGACGAUUGCCAUAGUAUGUCUGGUAUUCGACGUAUGGCAUUGACAUUCCUGUUUCCCGUUCUUUAACCACCCAAACUUUUCCAAUUUUCUCCCCCGUCGAGCGCCUCUUCCAACUCAACGACAGAUUAAAAUUAUUACUAAAAAUCGAUUACAUUGUAACGGAAUAGGAGCGAAUUCCUCGAAUCAAAAAAUAAACGAAACUUGCAACAAUUUGUUGUCCGCGUCGAGAUAAAAAAAGAAACGAAUAUUAAAUCAUCGCUCAGAAAUCCAACUCCCUCCUCCCUCUUCAAAAAGCCAACAGCUUCGAGUAGAACCGACAUGAGUUAAUCGUGUUGGACAGACUGACAAUAAUCGCCCGAGCAGACGAAUCGGUUCGUUGGUUUCGGCUGGUUCUAAUAAUAAUCGAUGCCUAUCUAGUGUCUCCAGCCUUUUCUCUGUAUAUCUUCGAUAUACAUUGUGCAUUCGCGUUACGUUCUACCAUAAUUUCUGCGAGCCUCCCCAUUUCCACUCGUCCUUUUUGCUGCUAACAGCCGUCUUCUGUCCGGCGCCGAUGGUACUUCGACGGAUCGUUGGGAGGUCUAUUUGUGCACUCGACUUGGUUUUAAUACGUGCACCACUGUCGAUGUACUUUUACGACCGACGAGAUAUGUCCCGUUACCUCCCAUUGCAUCGUUUUUCCUCCAACACUUGCGCCGUUCCUUAAGAUAGUUAAGAGAUCGGUUAUCCAGCCUCGAUAUAGUAUAGCAUAAAUAAGUUGGUUUAUGUUGCUUCGUUUACUACGAAAAUAUAUACUAGUGAAACGCGAGAGAUGUUGGAUCCGUCCUUAUAAUCCCUUCCCCAAAAAUUAACAUCAAAGUUUUUCGGAUCCAAUUGUUGAGAGGUAAUACAGGAAUGGAAUAUCGUUUAAUAUUUAAUCUGGCGUGAAAAAGAAUCGAGAAAAGGAGCUGUUUCUUCCAAAUUAAAUUAAAUAUAUCACGCGUGUAUAUGAGCGUCGAUUUAAAAAGGUUGAUUGGCAUUGAUCGAUUAUAUGGCUGUCGAAUCGAUUCGCAUAAAAUGCGAGAUGGAAAGACUAGACUUUGCGCCCGAAGCUGUAAGUUCAUUUCCGUGUUAUUAAUGCAAAGUAGCCGCGUGUACGACAUUCAUACGUAAUAUCUGACUAAUUGAGGCCGACGCGUGUACUUGGCCAUCCUCCAAGUCGCUUUGAUCGGCUCUGUUCGAAAGCUACGCUUACACACGUAUCCACACGCGUAUACACGCACACGUACACGCGUAUACACGCACAUAUAUAUAUAUAUAUUCACGCGUAUGUGUUGCAGAUUUAGGUACACGCGUGUGCCUAAUCGAAAGGAGGAAAUGGAUCGAAUCGAGUGGUCUUUUCUCGAAGAAGGAAUAGAUGGUGGAUUUAGAGGAAGGGGGAGGAUUGAUACGAAUUAUAUUCCCUACGGUGUGAAGGUGAAUUCUAUAGGAUACAGAUAAGAUGACAAAAGUUGGUCGUCGAGAAGAAACGAGCAUCGAAAGUCGCGCGAGCGCUUUCUGCGAACCUUUCUCGGGGAUAUGUCAACGUGUCGAAAGAACUGAGCGUGAACAGCCAUUUUUUAUUAGAUUUUUACCGAGGAUAUUAUUGGUUGGAAAAGUUGACACGGAGAAAAGUUGAAAUUGAAGGAUUGAACUGACAUGAUUCCACGCGGUGAAGUACGAGCUUAAAACGACCCAUCUUGCGAGUACGCCGAUUCAAUGGCACCAGCACCAAUUAUUCGAUCGAUCUACCUCGUGGAGGAAUGCUGCUAACUUUAUUCAGGUAUGCAUAAUUGAGAAUAAAAUUUAAUUAUAUUUACCGAUUUCGUUUCUCACGAAAUACGAGGCGGAGGCGGAUAAAUACUUAUGUAUUGGCGGAUAAUCUUUACUAAUGAGAGAUAAAAAACCAAAAAAAAAAAAAAAAACAAAAAAAACAAAAAAACAGGUUGACCAUGAUCGUUCCGCUACUAAUCCCCGUUUGCGUCGAAACCAAUGCCGAGAAAUUAUCGUUCGUACCGUCAGAGGAGAAGAAAGUGGCGGCCGGUGUGCCGCAUCGACGGACCGUUACAUUUUUGAAAGGAAAGGAGAAAUCGAUUCAAGAUGAAAAUAGGAAUCCCAUGCUACAGAAAAGGCAAUUGAGCAAGAGCAAUCGAUACUUGAACGAACAGAAUUUGAGAAAUUUGUACCAUGGUAUCGUCCCCGAUCCCGUGGAUUAUAGAAUCCCUAGAUCAGAUAUCGAAGGUGGAGGAGGAGGAUUGGCCCACAAAAUGGCCAAGGACGCGCUCAAAUCGCCCAAGGUGCAAGAGACGAUAAGAAAACUUUCGCGCGUGUCGCCCCCGGGGCAUCUUCAGGCAACGGUGAAGAUACCAAUGACCAAGGGUAACACCGGUAACUCGAAGGCGAGCGAAGACAAAAGAAAUCGAAAGGGGUUGAGGCACAAGGGGCGAAAGAAGAAGAAGAAAAAAAGGCAUCAUAGAAGAUACAUGAAACAACCUACUCAGAUAAAGAGGGGAUCCCCUAAGGUAGGUAAGCUUCGUUCUGCAAUUCUCACUAAUUUUCUAUUCCUCCCCAACUGGUAAAUUUUUACUACGCAUGUGGAUAAACGUAUGUAAAAUGUAUCUUUACUCAGAGAACGUUGGACAGCAAAGGGGACAUUAACACGUUAACAAAGCGAUCAAAGCGAAGGGUGAACACUACGAUUAAACGUAGUCCAGAUAAUGAUAGAUCACGCGAAAACACGUCCAACUCAGAAUCGAGGGACGAAGUCACCGCUGUUCACGUAGACGACAGCGAUUACGUUGAUUUCUCCUCGUCCCCAAAUAUCGAGACGACCGAAUCCAUUUUUGUAGAUAUGCAAAAUGACGAGAAAUUGCGAAAUCACGAAAGCGAAAAGAUGAUCGAACGUUUGAUGCGGACCACGACCAAGAAUCCGUGGAAAAAGAAAUCAGGGGACCAAGGGGUCGAGUAUUCGGAUUACUAUAGCGACGACGAAGUACUCCAAGACGUCGCCGCGAAUAAAAUUUUGCCGCAACUGAUCGACUCGAGAGAUCCUUACGAUCGAUUAACACGACAGACCUUAAAUUUCACGUCGUAUCGUGACUGCAGCCGUCCGUUCGAUAGAAACUUGCGGAAACCGUAUUAUCCGGAUUACGAUACUCGUAGUAGAAAGUAUCGUGGUUUCAAGAACGACUAUGUCAAUUCUCUUAAUAAUUUUCAGAAUUAUCCGACCGUAAAUGACCGUAUACCGACAUUAAAUCGGAAUUCUCGAGUACUCGGACCGGAUGAGGCCAAUUUCAAUUACGCGACCAAUUAUGGAGUUUUGGACUAUCGAAAUCAAAAUUAUGACACCUCGUAUCCCGCGCCGAACGUUCCCGCGGAAGUUCCGGAAGAUCCGCAAGUGUUCGAAGGGAACAACGUUUCCGAGUUGUCGAAUAAUUACGAAACCUUCGAUCCGAACAAGUCAGACGGUGGUGUUCGACAGCCUAUCGUCGAAUCCCAGAAUCCAGAACAAUUCGAAUACUCGAACGAUCAAUACGAAAUUCCUGGCGAACCAUUUCAAAGUUUGAGCACCAACAUGCCCCAAAAUUUGAACCUGAACGGGGCCGUGGAACCGUUGAUCCAGCCUCAAUAUUUGAACAAUUAUCAACAGUUAGACACCAGCUCGCUAAGUGGGAAUUUCGACCAGACGAAUAUAAUGAACCAGGCUGAAAGUAUGAGAAUUCCAAACGCGGACAACUACUUCCCGAUCCAAUUUUACAAUAAUCAGCAGGAAACCCAGCAGGAAAAUCAAUUAGAGAAUCAAGAUAAAAGUAUGGAGAACUACGCGUUGCAACCCACUUUUUACAAUCGUCCAUCUGUCAAUCUUCCCAACGCCAUGGACCAACCAUUGGGCAAGAUUCUCGAAUCCCUUGGGAUCAACGUUAACGGGGGCCAGAAUAAGGAGAUGAACAUGAACGAAAAUAAUAAUCGACAAAUAUUGCCUUAUUCCAACGAUCGUACGUUGGACGUGAUAAAUUUCAUAAGGAAGAGACCGUACGAAGAGUCGACUGGUUACGGGGACAAUAAUUUCAGAGGUUUGGAGUAUCAAUCGUUCCUUUCGAAGAACAGGAACAAUAUGAAAGAGGACCAAAGGCAAUCGAAUCAAAAUUUUUCAUUCGGAAAGGAAAAUGUGGACCGUGAUCAUACGAAUAUUACAGGCGCUGUCAGGGACACGAAACAAGUUGCCAAUGAAAUACUUGAUACCAUAAUGGAGGAGCUGGAGGAUCUGAAGGACGAUCGGUUGAAGAACAACAAGAACAGAGAAGGCUUACCUUGCCGUUUGUCAGGGUCCUGGUCAACAACUCAGGCCGGAGUGAAACUGGAUAUGAGGGUCGUGAAUCGUACUAUAGUCGUGACAGUUUCCAACUUCACGUCAUCCCGUUUACAAGAAAGUUUGUUGAAUGAAACGUGGAACGUCUCUGGUCACGUCCCAUUCAAACGUGGCUUGCCAUUCACCCUCAUCGCCACCCAUAAUUAUACCAAUUCUAUUGCCGUGUUUGUCGGUGCCUGCAGAGUUUGUCAAGGUAUCGACACUAUAGCAGGGGUUUGGUCCGUCGCCCGACAACCAAAGGAUUGCAAGGAUUUACAGGCAGCCACGAGUGUCUUCAACGAUAUUUUCCGUAAAACGCAAUUGUCCAGUUUGAAAGAAGGCGAAAACACUGAGAAUGCGACAUUGAAGCAUAACAAGACGAAAAGUUAAGAAUAAUUGCCUCCUGAAAAUCCGUAUGACGCGGAAUACUUAACGAAAGAAAAAAGAUGUUGGAAUUCGAGAGAUGGAACUACGAUAGAGGAAAAAAAAAAAAAUGAAAAAAAAAAAUAAAGAUCUAUCUAUACGUAGAUAAUGAUUUGUACGAAAACAAUAUUGCAAUAUAUAGUUAACACAUACACAAAAAAAAUGUAGAAUACUUUGUAUUAUGUACGAUGUAAGUAGCUUCUAAUAAA